AUGAACCAAUUGACGGUCCACCUUGAGCGAGCUUAUAUAUAUGAGAACGGUCGGACUUGUUACCAAACUUUAUCUGAGGGCCAGUGUGCUGGCCUCGCCGGCCAGAUGGGAAAGAGUUUUAAAACACUGAGCAGCAUCGAUAGCCUGCAAAUUGAUAGUGUUUUGAAGAGGAUUCUUCGGGUGAAGUUGAUUCACUCAUACGAGCUCAGGAAAGAUUCCAACUUUGUGUGCCAGCGGGUCUUUCCAUUGAAUCCUGCAUCUAUUACUUCGAAACCCUUGAGCCUGAGGGUCGCUUUUGAGGAAUCAUUCUCUGAUAAUAUUCCACCUGGCCCUUUGAUUCUGGAGGACGGAAAGCUUGCUAAGCUUGCUCACCGCUUCUGGGAGGAGUUAGAGAUGAUAAGGUCACUCGAUGAAACACAGAUAAAAGAUGUUUUGGGGAGGAUCUGCGACAUCGGAUGUUUACAGCUGUAUUAUGUCUGGCUAGUUCCAGCAACCACCGAUAGCGACACUCUAUCAUCUGGUCUCGGCAAACCUACCAGCAGUGCGAAUGAAACCCCGAAACGAACGAAUUCCGAGGCUGAAAGCAAGCUUAGCAACCGUCCUGCGACAGAGCCGUCCCAGCAAAAUACUUCGGACCCGACUCAUAGUAAUAAACAUUCUGGUAUUACAUCCGAAGCCCCUAGAACAGAGACUGUGGCAUGCCUUGUGUCAACUUCUCCGGCGAUCAUUGAUGGAGCCGAAGCCUACCCUACACCCCUGUCGGAUUCAACCCAACCCAAGAGGCGGACUCUCUCUGUUUCUCUGCCCUCACCCACCCGAAAAAAACCACGGCAAAGGGAACAAACUAGGGGGAUAAUAAGGUCAAAUACGACCGCUGAAAGUCUAUUGAAGGGUUGCAACUUCAACGGAAAAUAUCUCGGAGACGACGGGAUCAGAGAGGUCCUCAAGGCGGAUGCUUACCUUCUUCCCCCGGAUCCCCAGAUGUUGAGACAUCUUUCAGAUCAAUGGCAUAAUAAUCUCUCGCAGGGCCGGCAUGCCCUGGGUCUCCCCCAGGAGUGGAUAGGUGUACAGGCCGCAUGGAGCUACAUAUGCGAACUUGAAACCGGCAAUCUUGAUCCUAUCGCGGAGAAUGUUGCAUAUAUGUUGUACCAUAUUAACUACAGUGAGCUCUGCCAGCAUCCUGAGAAGUACUGUCCGCGUGCUUGCAAGGAUGGGAGAAGGAACCAGACUUGGGUGCUCGACUGUAUCAUUGAAGCGGCAUACCCUGAUGAUCGGAGUCGAAGGUUGAAAGGACCUCAACUUCGCAGUAAGAUCAGCAACAUUUACAAGCGAAAGGCUCAGUGGUGUUGGGAAGUCGUGGCGAGCUUAGGCGCCGGAGUAUUGUUCAGAGAUAUGAUGAAACAUUCUCAGCCGUACGCGUAA